AUGAGUCAGGAGUACUAUCCCGCUGAGGGCUCCUCGUCGGGCGCCGGCUCGUCCAGGUUCCCUGGUGACGAAGAGCUGCCUGAGAGGACGCCGUUCUACCCCCGGCCCCCGCCGACUUACAUGACCGUUGGCAACGGAUCGACGUCACAGAGCGCUACGGCCCUCAUGACAUCUCUGAACCAGGAUUCAGGAUACGGAGGCAGUAUCGGCAGUACUGCCGAUGCGAUGGAUGGCGAUGGUGAGGACUGGCGUGCGGGCCUGCUGGAGGAUCGCCCGACGCCAGCGCACACACCGACGCGUCCCGGAGAAUGGAAUCCAGCUUGUGACAACUCAAAUCGGACGAAGCUUGCUCGCGCAAUCACCCGAACGAUCGAGACGCUGGAUGGGCUUCGUGACAUGAACGCCCAAUGGCCCGCCCACUAUCCUGCCGUCCAGAACACUCCUCCUUCCCCCUCCGAACGCCCGCCGUUCCAUGAAAGCCACUCGUACAUGGGUGACAGUGGGAGCCGACCCACCACCCCCGAACGCCCGGGAACGCUGAAGCGCGCUGCAACCACAACGGGAGGCGAUGACUUGGGAGAAUCAAGCGCCGCCCCUGAACGCCGCACGCCUGCCGAACCGCGAUUGAUGACGCCGCAGAUCGCCCAGGAAUUCUCAAUUUUGAAACUGGAUUUGAAGUUGGGGGCGCUGUCUCAGGCAGAGCUGGUCCACUCGCUCGAGAAGGCCUCUGUUGCCUCGUUGUUGGAUGGAAAGAUCUGCCAGAGCAUGAGACACCUGCACUUACUCCGAGCCCGUAUCGAGGACACAUCAAGCAAAGUUUUGAUUACGGGGGAUCUCAAUGCGGGCAAGUCGACCUUCUGCAACGCUCUCCUGCGUCGAAAGGUGUUACCGGAAGAUCAACAGCCUUGUACCAGCAUCUUCUGUGAGGUGCUUGAUGCUCGAGAGAACGCUGGAGUUGAGGAGGUGCAUGCUGUGCACAAGGAUGCGAAAUACGACCGCAACAACGAACAGACUUAUGAUGUCUAUGCGCUGAACGAACUCGAGAACAUCGUGGUGGACAACUCCAAAUACAUGCAAUGCAAGGUCUACGUCAAGGAUGUGCGGUCCAUCGACGAGUCCCUCCUCAACAACGGCGUGGUUGACAUCGCCUUGAUUGACGCGCCUGGUUUGAACUCAGACUCCUUGAAGACGACAGCUGUCUUUGCUCGGCAAGAGGAAAUUGACGUGGUGGUCUUUGUGGUUUCUGCCGCAAACCACUUUACGCUGUCGGCAAAGGAGUUCAUCCUGAACGCCGCUCAUGAGAAAGCCUACAUGUUCAUGGUGGUGAAUGGAUUUGAUCAAAUUCGGGACCAGCAACGGUGUGAGCGCAUGAUUCUGGAUCAGAUUCAAAAGCUCAGUCCUCGCACGCACAAGGAGGCCGCGGAGCUGGUCCAUUUUGUUUCGAGCAACGCCAUUCCUGUUGCGCCCCCUAUUGCGGUCUCAGGAUCCGGUUCUGGUGGUAGUGGCGGCGGUGGAGGUGACGGUGACCCUCACGACGAUGAUGAUUCCCACGAUGACAAAAUCGACCCCAGCAAGGAUAAAGGAAAGGGCAAAGAGAAGGAGAAAAUCCAGGACUUUGAGAACCUCGAGGGAGCCCUGCGCCGCUUUGUUCUCGAAAAGCGGUCCCGUUCCAAGCUUGCGCCUGCCAGGACUUACCUGCUCAACCUCCUCGCCGACCUGAACUCGCUUGCCACAGUGAACCAGGCAGUUGCAGAGUCGGAGCUCAAGCGAGUGACAGAUGAGCUGGUCGAGAUCGAGCCGGCAUUCGAGAAUGGCAAGAAGAAGAAGAACGAGGUGGCGGAGGGUGUCAAUAAGGCCAUCGACGACUCUUGUGAGGAUGUGUACAACCAUACGCGCUCUACUUUGACAAACACGAUCGCACGGGUGUCAGAAGCAGACCUUGGUGUCGAGUAUCCCGGUCUUUUUUCGGCAUUCCAGUAUGCAGAGGACUUGAAGCUGGCAAUGCUGAACCAGAUAUCCUCGGCAGUCUCGGGUUGCGAGGAUUAUGCCCGCGAGAAGACGACCCAGGGCGUAGGAUUCAUUCAAAACAUCGGUCUCUUGCAUGUUGGCGAGGAUCGGUUCUCUGCUCUCAACUUCCGUGCGGACCUAAUGUUCCGCCGUGGUCGUCGCCACACACUUGCCCGCCAGGUGUACACGGAAGUGGAGCUCUGGGACUUCUUCGACAUUGCCAGCCUCUGGGAACGCCAGGAGAAGAUGGCAGGCACAGGCGUGGCCAUGACUGCGGUCACUGUUCUCGGUGGCAGGGCGUUUGGUGGUUUCGGCUGGGUGGAUAGCGCUUUCAAUGCCGCCAAGUUCCUGGGCACCAACAACAUGCGCCGGCUCUUCCUCCCUAGCAUCAUCGUCGCAGCCCUCCUGACUACCGCUUACGUUGUCUCUUCCAUCCCGACUACUCUCCCUCCUCGGCUGUCGCGGAAGAUCGCCGCCAAACUUGCCGACAUGGAUUAUGUGCAUUCCAACGCCAACAGGAUCUCGUCCGAAGUCCGCCGCAUCCUCCGCAUGCCGGCCGGAAACCUGCAGACGAACAUGGCUCAGGAGAUUGAAGACCUCGGACGCCGCAAGCAGGAAGUCACGAAGAUCCAGCAGGAGAGCACCGUCGCCGCCAAGUACUUCUCCAACUUGCUCCGUGAGAGCAGCCAGACUCGCCAGUCUGUGGAUGAUCUCGAUCUCGACGCCCCACUGCCUGGUGGAAUGGCUGCCACCCUUGGCUAA